UGCCUGUCAGGAAGAAAGAGAUGCUAUGCUGAGGCCGAAAACUCAGACAGAACCAGGACACGGACGAUGUUGGAAUAUCUUAACUGGGGGAUUUUAAAGUGUGUUGGGAACUCGGAGCGAUUUGAAAGUUGCUGAGCUUGAGCGGAGCAGCGACACCGGGUCUCCGUGUUCCCGCUGCGGACCGUCGCGGCUGUUCGCCUCUUGCCUGCUGCUCUCACAAACGCGAAGCCGGCGCUGUUUUAAUGAGACUGGAACUGCCGUGUUUUCGACGCAGCACAGACCGGUGUGAGAUUAAGUCUUUAUUUAGCCCGAAGCAAACGGAAAGGCUCAGAUGUCGUCGCUGGUAGCCGGGGCUAAUAGCCGAGGCUGCUGGGCCACAUAAAUAUCCCGAGAAAAUCCCAACCUGAUGGAGCGAGUGAGCGACGGAGCACGGGCUUAUUUUGCGCCAGAAGGACCGUUAUGACUGAGCUGCAGGCUCAGUUCUCUUUUUGAAAAGCGCCACGGGGUUCAGUGCUGGGUAUUGAUUUGAUCGAGGGCUCAUAAAAGCAGUAUUUGGAGGUUCUCUGCAUCAGUGCUAUGACUCAGCCUGGACAGCAGCUCCUACCUACAUAGAGGUCACUUUACCUCUCUUUCUAUCUGCUUUGGUCCAGAGGAUGCUGGGAAUGUGUCGCGGGCGCCGGAAGUUCCUGGUGGCCUCCCUCGCCCUGCUCUUCAUCCCAGCACUUACGUGGCUUUACCUGUCAGUCGGGAGCUUUCAAGUGAAGCCCCUCCCUCUUUCUCCAUUGGAAGCCCUGUCAUCCACCCCGGUGGGCGGAGCCGGUGAACGACAGGCCUUAGAGUUGCGGGUUCGGGUGGUGGAGGAAGAGAACCGGGCGCUGCGCCGAGAACUUAGCCGUCCACCUAGGAGCCCAUCUGCACAGCUUCCGAGCAAUAAUCACCGUGGCAACCAAAGCCGAACACAUUCAGAGGAAGGCACAGGUGACAAUGAGAGCCAGAAAGCUGUUACAGUGGGUAAUAGCUCAGACUGUGUCCGACACCCAGUGGUGGAUAAGUGCGAGACCAUCCAUGUGGCCAUUGUAUGUGCAGGUUACAACGCAAGUCGAGAUGUGGUGACGCUGGUUAAAUCUGUCCUCUUCCACAGGCGGAAUCCCCUUCAUUUCCAUUUCAUCACAGACUCCAUUGCUCAGCAGAUCCUGUCCUCCUUGUUUCAUACAUGGAUGGUUCCUGCCGUCAGGGUGGACUUCUAUGACGCAGAUGAGCUGAAGUCCGAAGUCUCAUGGAUUCCUAACAAACAUUACUCUGGGAUUUAUGGGCUAAUGAAACUGGUACUGACAAAGACCCUGCCAUCAGAUCUACAGAGAGUCAUCGUUCUAGACACAGACAUCACCUUUGCCACUGACAUUGCUGAACUCUGGGCCGUCUUCCACAAGUUCAAAGGCCAGCAAGUUCUAGGUCUGGUAGAGAACCAGAGUGACUGGUAUCUGGGGAACCUGUGGAAGAACCAUCGACCCUGGCCAGCACUGGGCAGAGGCUUUAACACUGGGGUUAUUUUGCUCCUCCUGGAUCGUCUGCGAAAGCUCAGAUGGGAGCAGAUGUGGAGACUGACUGCAGAAAGGGAACUAAUGAGCAUGCUGUCCACUUCCUUGGCAGACCAGGAUAUCUUUAACGCAGUGAUCAAACAAAACCCGUUCCUGGUUCAUCAGCUGCCUUGCUUCUGGAACGUCCAGCUGUCUGACCACACCCGUUCCGAAAAGUGCUACAAAGAUGUGUCCGACCUAAAGGUGAUCCACUGGAACUCUCCAAAGAAGUUGCGAGUAAAGAACAAGCAUGUGGAAUUCUUCCGGAAUCUCUAUCUUACCUUUCUGGAGUACGAUGGCAACCUUCUGCGACGAGAGCUGUUCGGCUGUCCCAGUGAGGCUGACCACAACAGUGAGAAUCUCCAGAAGACACUGUCAGAGCUGGAUGAAGAUGAUCCGUGCUACGAGUUUCGUCGAGAGCGAUUCACUGUCCAUCGAACACACCUCUACUUCCUGCACUAUGAGUAUAAACCCAGCUCUGACAACACAGAUGUCACUCUCGUCGCCCAGCUCUCUAUGGACAGGCUCCAGAUGUUGGAGGCCAUCUGUAAGCACUGGGAAGGCCCCAUCAGCCUCGCCCUGUACUUGUCAGAUGCUGAAGCCCAGCAGUUCCUUCGCUAUGCUCAGGGCUCUGAGGUGCUGAUGAGUCGUGGGAAUGUCGGUUACCACAUUGUCUACAAGGAGGGUCAGUUCUACCCAGUCAACUUGCUACGAAAUGUGGCCAUGCGACACGUCAACACACCCUACAUGUUCCUAUCAGACAUUGACUUCUUGCCUAUGUACAGCCUCUAUGAGUAUCUCAGGAAGUCUGUGGUGCAGCUGGACAUGGCCAACACCAAGAAAGCUCUAGUGGUUCCCGCCUUUGAGACACUUCGGUAUCGACUGUCAUACCCGAAAUCUAAAGCCGAGCUGCUGUCUCAGCUGGACAUGGGCACACUCUUCACCUUCAGAUAUCAUGUGUGGACUAAAGGCCAUGCACCAACUAACUUUGCCAAAUGGCGGACAGCCACCACUCCCUACAGAGUGCAGUGGGAGGCUGACUUUGAGCCCUAUGUUAUGGUGAGGAGGGACAGUCCUGAGUAUGACCGCCGCUUUGUGGGCUUUGGCUGGAACAAGGUGGCUCACAUUAUGGAGCUGGAUGCACAGGAGUAUGAAUUUGUGGUUCUGCCCAAUGCUUUCAUGAUCCAUAUGCCUCAUGCACCCAGCUUUGACAUCACCAAGUUCCGCUCCAAUAAGCAGUACCGGGUCUGCCUGAAGACCCUGAAGGAGGAGUUCCAACAGAACAUGUCGCGGCGGUACGGUUUUGCCGCCCUUAAGUACAUGACGGCUGAAAACAACAGCUAGCCACCACUGCGGACCCUCAUAGCCCCAACUCUGAACUACUGACAUGCUCCACAGGCUGCACCAGGGGAGCAUAGUGUGAACGGAAGCCUGUGUGGGUCCUGGGGAUACUUUGAGACUUAAGUCCCUCAGAACAUUGGACACUGAGUGUGACACUGCAGGGGCUCUUUUGUUCCAACUUUGUCAUCAGUUGUGGAUAAAGGAGAAAAUGUGUGAAGUGUUUCCUUCUCCCAGGAUGUUAAAGCUAUGAAUGAUCGCACAAGGGACUGCUGGGGCUGGGCCCCAGGUGUGUGGGCCUCAAGCUUCAGUUAUGGAAUAUGAUAGACAGCAAACAAAAAUAUUGCCUUGCCAUAUUUCUAAGACCAAUGACAGUGUUAUGGCUAUGUGUAACAUUAUGUGUGUGUGGGUGUGUGGGUGUGUGUUUGUAUGUGUGUGUGUGUGUG